AUGGAAGACAGUUCAAGCCUCAAUCGCCACCGUCAAAGCUUAGCAAAAUCGCAAUCUCGUAAGACUAAUAAGCAACACGUCCGUAGUAUGGCUGAUAGCUCUGCCAUGGAAACCUUCACGGAAGAGCACGAUUACAGCAUGGAGGAAGGCGACUCCGAGAUGUGGAACACCUUUUCCAACAACUAUAGACAAGUGCAGUCAGUGUUGGAUCAGAACAGAUUGUUGAUUCAACAGGUUAACGAGAACCAUCAAUUAAGAACGCACAACAGUAUGGUGCAGAACGUGGCCCUAAUUCAGGAACUCAACGACAACAUAUCAAAGGUUGCUUCUCUCUAUUCUGAUUUCAAUACAGACUUCUCAACCAUGGUCCAUCUACGGAAGAAUGGCGUUUGA